AUGAGGCGUCGUAAUGCAACAGGAUUGGGAAAGUUAGAGAGACAAGAGCUGAAAAAGGUAACAGGAAAUGUUGUUGCUGCUGUCUUGUCUUGUCGUUGUCAUUGUUGUCCUCUUGCCACACCACAGGUUUGCCACUCGGGUGCAUCUACGACACAGUUUCCGUGGGCUUUGCGUGGUUUUGGAUCAAUUCUGCGUGGUGGUCUUCAAAUUCUCGCUGAUUGUCGUGAUUGUCAGAUGCGGCUUAGUAUCUUUAUGACUGGCUGUUCGGCUGCGAAGUUGAUUUGCAUGCCAUAUAUGGCAUCUGCUACUGAUUUCGACCUUAUAUGA